AUGUUGACAAGAGCUAUCUUCUUGCAAUCACAAGGCGCAACAGAACUAAACAACCUCGAAUUGGCUCAAAUACAGCAUCAACUGGUACUCAUGCAAAGUGGUACAGGCUCUCGAUAUGCCAAUACUGCUGCUAGUACGCCAGCUGCCAAGUAUCAGCCACAGCUACACACGUUUGGAAAGCACAGCACAAACCCAGGCCAGUGUAUGCUCUUGCCUCAUCAGUUGAGCGCUCUAGAGAAUCAAAUCGCUGCAUACAAAUUUCUCUUGAAAAACGCACCAUUACCACCUCAACUUCAGCAAGCUGUAUUGGCUCCUUCCAACAGCUUACUCGCUCAAUCAUCGCCCCCAAUCACACCCAUCACUACAUCAAAAGCCAUCCAACCACAGCCACAUCAAGGCCACCCGCAUUCGGUGCCUCCCACACCACCUACACCUCAGCAUCAAGAAGAGCAUGAAAAGGCAUCAGAUUCUACAUCGCCACCUUUUGCAUUUCUACCAUCUCAAAGCACUUCAUCAUCACUACUAGUAGCACAUUCAUUUGGUGCGUAUAUACUGCCAGCUGCUCUUUUGGAAAGCCCCAUCACAUCCUACGCCCAUGCACCAAGACAUCAAAUGACCUUGAUUCCCAGUCUGUUGCCUGUAGGCAUUGAUUCUCAAGCCAUCCGAUCUAACAGAGAAAAGAGAAUGCUGGCCCGUAUGAAGCAUCAGUACCAACAACCCGCCACAAACUUGCAAGACCACAUUCGAUCCAAGGCUCUGAAGCUCUAUCAGAAACAGAGCCACCUUCGCAGCGAAUUGGCUCAGGGCGUAGACAAAUCAACAGUGCUUGCCACCUCUACAGAUCGCACCGCGUUCAGACGUACCAAGAAGGUUUCGCGCCUUGAUUCGCAUCAAGUUGAAUCAGUAGAGCAGCAGCAGCGAAGAAACCGAGAAGGCUUUAUUCAAGCCACCAAACACAAUCAUCUACACAUCAUUUGUCAACACGGCUCUGCGUUAAGCCAUCAGGGCAAACUGAAAAGAGCCAAACUAGCCAAACUGGGUCUCGCUGUAGUGCGCUGUCACCAGAACGCUGAAAAGGCGGAACAAAAAAAGAUGGAACGCAUUGCCAUGGAGCGUAUGCAAGCACUCAAAAACGAAGAUGAAGAGGCCUACAUCAAGCUACUUGACCACACCAAAGACACGCGCUUGACUCAUUUGCUGAAACAAACAGAUGUGUUCUUGCAAUCAUUGACAAAGUCCGUAGUAGAACAGCAGCAAAGCAUAGGCAGGUACGCAGUAUCUAGUCAAGAGCACUUGCAACACGACGUGUCUUCUGCUGACUAUUUCCGCAUUACUCACAAAAUACACGAAGAUGUCAGCCAGCCUACAAUCAUGACGAACGGCCAACUCAAGCAGUAUCAAGUCAAGGGCCUGCAAUGGAUGGUUUCGCUCUACAACAACAAUUUGAAUGGCAUUUUGGCGGAUGAGAUGGGUCUGGGAAAGACCAUUCAGGCCAUCAGUUUGAUUACAUAUUUGAUUGAAAAAAAGCAACAACGGGGGCCUUUCUUGGUCAUUGUGCCUUUAUCCACACUGACAAACUGGAAAAUGGAAUUUGACAAGUGGGCGCCUUCUGUCUCCAAGGUAGUCUACACAGGGCCACCUCAUACAAGAAAAGAAUUGGCUAGCAUUGUGCGGUCUGGCCAAUUCCAAGUGCUACUGACUACGUUUGAAUACAUUAUCCGAGACACACAAGCACUCUGCAGGACGAAAUGGCUGUAUCUGAUCAUAGACGAGGGUCACCGUAUGAAGAAUACCAACGCCAGGCUGACAGUGACAUUGCGCCAGAAAUUUCGCGCUCGAUAUCGCCUCAUUCUCACUGGCACACCGUUGCAAAACAAUCUGCCUGAGCUGUGGGCCCUGCUAAACUUUAUCCUGCCAAAGAUAUUCAAGAGUGUCAAGACAUUUGAAGAAUGGCUCAACACGCCAUUUUCCAACCAAGGUGUACAAGAUAAGGUGGAUUUGAAUGAAGAAGAGCAGUUGCUGAUCAUCAAACGACUACACAAGGUACUGAGACCCUUCUUGCUGAGACGUCUCAAGUCAGAUGUGGAGUCAGAGCUACCAGACAAGGUGGAGAGGGUGAUUAAAUGCAGAUUGUCCAGCCUGCAGAUGAAACUAUAUCAGCAGCUCAAAAAUACCGGUGUUAUGAAUGUGAACAGCAACAGUAACUCCCCCAUUGCUGCCAGAGGGCUGAACAACACCAUCAUGCAGCUUCGCAAGGUAUGCAACCACCCAUUUGUGUUUGAAGGCGUUGAAAAUGCGCUCAAUUCCAAAGGCAAAGCCAACGAUUUGCUCUACCGUUGCAGUGGCAAAUUCGAGUUAUUGGAUCGCAUGCUGCCCAAGCUACAAAGAACUGGCCACCGUGUGUUGAUCUUCUUCCAAAUGACAGGCAUCAUGAGCAUCAUGGAGGACUACUUAAACUGGAGAAACUAUCAUUAUCUGCGUUUGGAUGGCAGCACGCGCUCAGAGGACCGUUCCAAGAUGUUAUACCGCUUUAAUCAGCCCAACUCGUCCUACUUUAUCUUCUUGCUGAGCACCCGUGCUGGUGGCCUUGGCUUAAACUUGCAGUCGGCUGAUACGGUCAUUAUUUUUGACUCGGACUGGAAUCCACAUCAAGACUUGCAGGCUCAAGAUCGUGCUCAUCGUGUAGGGCAGACCAAAGAAGUACGCAUUUUCCGACUGGCGACAUCCAAUUCAAUCGAGGAGAGAAUCCUAGCCACAGCACAACACAAGCUCGACAUUGACGGCAAGGUCAUUCAAGCCGGUAAAUUUGACAAUCGCAGCACAGAGGCAGAUCGAGAAACUCUACUAAGAAUGCUGCUGGAAGACAAGAUUGAAGAAGAGAAGCAAGAGGAAGCAUACGAUGAAGACGCAAGCAACCAAGAGUUAAAUGACAUGUUGAAGCGUUCUGAUCAAGAGCUGAGCGUGUUUGAAAUGAUGGACAGCGAGAGAAGAGCUCAAGAGCAAUCAAGCCAACAGCGAGUACGCUUGAUCCAGGAGAGUGAGUUGCCAGAUGUGUUUGAUACAGUUGACCCUGUGAUUGUGGAUCCAAGCUCUGUGGACUUUGGUUCCGACAGAAGCAGAAGAGCCAAGCAGAACAUCAAAUAUGACGAUGGACUUACAGACGAGCAGUUUAUGCGCGCCAUUGAAAGAGGGGAGGAUAUGUCACGCAUUGAAAAGAAGAGAUCACUGCCAACUGCAACUAAAUUAAGCCGAAAACGCAUCAAAAUGGAGCCCGAGAAAACGCCUGAAGUAGAUGCUGUGUCAAGAUUAGUGCGAAAGCAGCUGACAGAGGUAUUUGAAGCAUGCUAUAAGCGAGUCGAAAAGUCGAUUGCCUUUGAGGAUGAUGGGUACUACAGAAAGCGAUGCGAGUUGUUUAUGGAUCUUGUGGACAUGAGAGAAUAUCCAGACUACUACACACUGAUCAAAAAUCCCAUUUCAAUGAACAUGAUCAAGAGCCGAAUCCACUCCUUCUACUAUGAAAGCAUCAACGAAUUCAAAAGCGACUUUGAGGUCAUGUUUGAGAAUGCUCGCAUCUUUAAUGAAGAAGAAUCAGCUGUGUAUGAAGAUGCCAACGAGAUGGAAAAGAUACUGAACGAUGAGCUAGAGAGACAAUGUCCUCGAGGUAUUCUGCCCAAAUACCGCAAGCGAAAGGCGGCCAUUGAGCAAGAGUUUGUUGAAGGUCCAUUUGAUGAUGAGGAGGAGGAGGAGGAGGAUGAAUAA